AUGGUUAAUUCAAGCUAUGUGUUAUCAAGAGUGUCAGGACACACCUCUCAGAGGAGACAGAAGAGGACCUCCUCUCACUCUAUCCAAAGCCUACAGGAGCUGAAGUCUCAGGGUCGUCUCACUAGACCCGUCCUGUGCUCGCUGCAUCCUGGACAGGAGUUACGGCUCUUCUGUGAGCCGUGUGACCUCACCGUGUGCCUGGAGUGUGCGGCCACCUUUCACCGCGACCACCACUGCAGCUCUGCCCAUGAAGUCAUCAGUCAUCAUGGCGAUCGCAUCAGAGAUUUGGUCGUCAGGAGCUUAAGGCCUCGUCUUGGCCGUCUGGAGGAGUCUCUGAGACGCGUUGACACAUCCCAAGAGGCGCUGCAGGCUCGGGCUGACACGUUGGCGGGUGAGAUCCGGGCGUUUGCUCGGAGCUAUGCCAGCGCGGUGGAGGCUCAUUGCAGCUCACUGCUGCGGUCACUGGAGGACUUACGGUCGCAGCGCAGGAAUCAACUCCAUCUGCAGAAGGCUCAGUACCUACUCAGAAAGAGACAGAAGAGGACCUCCUCUCACUCUAUCCAAAGCCUACAGGAGCUGAAGUCUCAGGGUCGUCUCACUAGACCCGUCCUGUGCUCGCUGCAUCCUGGACAGGAGUUACGGCUCUUCUGUGAGCCGUGUGACCUCACCGUGUGCCUGGAGUGUGCGGCCACCUUUCACCGCGACCACCACUGCAGCUCUGCCCAUGAAGUCAUCAGUCAUCAUGGCGAUCGCAUCAGAGAUUUGGUCGUCAGGAGCUUAAGGCCUCGUCUUGGCCGUCUGGAGGAGUCUCUGAGACGCGUUGACACAUCCCAAGAGGCGCUGCAGGCUCGGGCUGACACGUUGGCGGGUGAGAUCCGGGCGUUUGCUCGGAGCUAUGCCAGCGCGGUGGAGGCUCAUUGCAGCUCACUGCUGCGGUCACUGGAGGACUUACGGUCGCAGCGCAGGAAUCAACUCCAUCUGCAGAAGGCUCAGCUGCAGCAGGCCUUGUCUGACGUCCGCGGUGGGGUGGACUUCGCUGAACGCCUGCUCACGUGUGGUUCUGACGCUGAAAUCCUCAGUGCCAAAGGAGUUACUAUGAGGAGACUGAUGAACCUUGUGGAGUCAGGAUUCGACCCACACCCAACGACGGUCGCCCCUGAUAAUGCCAGCAGCAUCUGUUUCCUUCCUCAGGAGAGUGCUGGAGAGGUGCAGGGAUUUCCUGUGGUGGGAGUCAUACAUGCCAAGACUGUGGAUCCCAGCAAGUGCACGAUCCAGGGAGAAGGUGUGGAACGAGGUCGUGAAGGCCAGAGGGGAGAGUUCACUCUGGUUUGCAGGCACUCCUCCGGAGAGCAGAUGGGCCGAGGUGGAGACCCUGUGCUGGUCAGCAUUGUGCACAAGGAGAAGAAGGACUGCUCUGUGGAGGCGGCUGUGGUGGAUAAGGGGGAUGGUUCCUAUGUUGUGUCCUACACCCCAGCUGAAGCAGGUCUCUACUCUGUGUGGGUCUGUGUUAAAGCCCAGCACGUCCAGGGUUCGCCAUUUGUGAUAAAUGUGAAAAGGAAGUUCAAACGUCACCUUGGCAUAUUCCAUUGUUGUUCCUUCUGCUCCAGUGGGGGCGCUAAAGAGGCACGCUGUGGCUGCACAGGAACUAUGCCAGGAGGGUUUCAGGGUUGUGGACAUGGUCAUAAAGGACACCCCCGUAAGCCCCACUGGUCAUGUUGUGGGAGUGUAGUGGAGGCCUCAGAGUGUGUUCUACAUAACCUGGGCAGCGUUUCUCCUCGUGGACACCUCAGGACUGUGGAGCUCUGAGACAGAGCAAAUAUACACUCUAUCUGAUCGACAUAAGCAUAAACUCAUAAACAUAAACUCAUAAACAUACUUGAAUCUUCUCAAUCAGCUUACAUAUAAUUCACUAUAAAUAAAAAAUCACAUUGUGUUUUUAUGUUACCCUUAUUCACACAGUCUUUAAGCCUUAAUUUGUAUGAUAAUCUUUUUUGUUGUUUCAGCAGUUAAUAUUCAGAAUCAUGGCAGUCUUAUAAACUGCAAUACACAAAGUAUAUUUAAAAUUGUGUUGUCUACUGUACAAAGUGCCAACACUAAAUACUUCAGUACUGUCAGUAAAGAUUUAACUUGGUUUCUUUACACAUUUAGAACUAAUAAUUUUUAAUCACUGUAAAAUGUUGUCUGUGGCAUUAUAUUGUUCCAUAUUUUAUCAUAAUCAGCAUGAUUUGAAGAAAUAUUGUAAUGUCUGAAUAUUUUGUUAAUGUGCGCAGUACUGUUUUAUGUUUCAUCUUUUAUGAUAAUCAGCAUGUUUCCUUUGAUAUUACCCAGCUAUAUGAGCAAUGAGGUAUGCGUUGUUAUUAUAAUGCUUUAUUUUUAGAUGUGUGCAUGACUCCAAAGACUGCCGUUGUUAUUGUAUGCAUCCAUUACAUUUCUCUUGUCUUUGUAUAUGCUGUAUUGGUUCCACAGAUUAAACAACAUUUACCUCUCUCCACUUGUGUGGUUACUAAACUGCCACUU